UCGUUAUCUAACCGCAAGCACACCAAAGUUGGUCGACAAUGCCGACGUUCCGAUCGAUCGGAAUUCGCGCGUGUCGACGUUUCGAGUCGGACAUCGUCAGGUCGGUUAGUAAUCUCGUCGAGGAACGGUGGCAAAAGGACGGGGCAAGAGAGAGAGCAAGAAUGAUGAGGAAGAGGAGGACGGCUAGCGAAGCGGGAGGGAGGGCGCACGCACGCGCGCGCACGCGAUAGCGGCGCUCGGACGUCGGACGGCCGAGACACGGCACGAAUAAUAUGCGUCGACGACCGGCGACGCCGUCGCACAUGCGCGCCCCGGCGCGCCCCUGUUCGUUCACCGAUUUCGAUUUUAGUCACUCCCGGGUUCGGCUUCGGGGAAAAUCGUUCCACGGACUGUGCGGCGGCGUAGCGCGCGCGCGUAGCGGUUAGCCCACGGGCCACCACCCAAUAUUCGUGUCGCGACCGCUAAACAACGCUAAACGAUCUCUCCUUCCCGAAUUCUGACGGCCGGCACGCGAUACGUGUAUCGAGAUACCGGGUCACCGUCGAAGGGUGGCGCGUGGUCGACAAUCUUCGCCUGGUGAUCUCACGAGGAUUAAGUAUCGUAGGAGAGACGCCGAACGAGCUAGGAAAGGGAGAGAGAGAGAGCGAGCGAGAGAAAGAGAGGGUAGGCACGCGAACGCGCGCGCGCGGGGCGGACACACGCGCGACCGUCGAUCUCUCUGCGGUUAUCGACGAUAUCGCCUCGUUCCGUCAUCGUCAUCGUCAUCGUCAUCGUUUGACGUCGCGACAAGCCGUCGAGGAAACGACCGUGUCCGGUCCGAUCGUACGACGAGCAAAACCGGAGGGACGCUCGAGAGGGCGGCGGGAUCUGCGCCGAACUUAUACACCGAUCGCCAUCGGCGUGCGUCGCGGCGGCGAGGAGCGUAACGUCGCCACUACGGCGACGACGACCUCCACGGCGAACAUCAGAGGCAACCUGGCGAUGAAGCAGGAGCCGGAGGACGAGGAGGAUUGCUAUCUCGACGACUCGAGCAUGCCACCCGCGUCGACGACCCCACCACCGCCGACGGCAUUGCUACCGCCGCCGCCAUCGUCGUCCUCGUCGUCGUCGUCCGGCCGUCACGGGAGUGUCACGCACCGGGUGCGCUCCCAUGCGCGCAGCCUGCGCGCGAUGGCGAACCCUAGUGCGGUCUGGGCGCACUUCGACCUGUGCACUAACGAUCCGUUACGCGCCCAGUGCCGCAUCUGCGGGGCGGUCGUUGUCAGGGGCGGCGCGAACCCGCGUCAGUGCGGCACGACGAAUCUGCACCGGCAUCUCAGGGUGCAUCAUGGUGGCCGACUGAUCGGUAGACGUUACCACGUUUUACAGUCAACGUCGCAAGGCAAUUCAAGUACGAAAGCCAUAAGAAUCACGCAGUCUUUAGUGAGACCUCACAUUCGUAAUAUCGCCCCGGCACCGCUGCCCCAACAGUCACAGCAGCAGCAACAGCAGCCACGUCAACCAAAGACUCUCGUAUUAAAAACUAUUCCGUUGAAAGUAAAGCAAGUUGCACCUACGACUAUCAAGAUGCCACCGCGACAAACCAAUCAAGCGCCCCAUAAUGUCGUGCAUCAGCAACCUACAGAAGUUUGCUUGAGGUGGAACAGUUACCAUAGUAAUAUGCAAAAUAGCUUUCCGUCGUUACUGGACACGGAACAAUUCGUCGAUGUAACCCUGGCAUGCGAGGGACGGUCACUCAAAUGUCAUAAGAUGAUUUUAUCUUCCUGCAGCGACUAUCUGGCAGACUUGUUACGGGAAAAUCCAUGUCAACAUCCCAUUAUCCUAAUGAAGGAUUUGAAGUUCUGGGAGGUGGAGGCGUUAGUUAAAUUCAUGUACCGCGGAGAGGUCAACGUCGCUCAUGAUAAAUUACCCCAAUUGUUGAAUGCUGCCGAAGCGUUGCAGGUGAAGGGAUUAGCCGGUCCGAGUCCCUCAUCCCAAAAUGCAAAGACACCGCUACUUAUACCUCAAACGAAGCCAUUGUCGUCUCAACACGUAGUUCCUAGAAGUACCACAGAGUCCAAAGAGAAUAAAGUAUCACCCUCGAGGGUGUCUAUGUCUUCUAGUCCUAAACGUGCGCAAAAGCGACAACAGUCUGAGCCCAUAGAGUCAAGACCUUUUACCAAAAUACGUCUGCAGCGACCUGUCACGCCAACGUCACCGUGCGCGACUGUGAAGCUGGAGCCUUUAGAUAUACCUCUUAGCCCGACGGAGCUAUUCUCGGAGAAUAACGAGGAUGUCACGCCUUCUUCUGAUUUUGAGAAGCUUAUGAGUUUGCACGAGGAGGAUGACCCGGGUGGCGAGGACGCCAACGACGGGGACGACGGGGAUGACGAGAGAUUACAUUUUUGCGAACUGCCAGGUCCGCCGGAUUUAAAUGAUAACGAAGACCAAAUGGAGUUUGUACCUACCGAUUUCCUAGAGCAACAGCAAGACAUUGUCGAAGAACCAGAACCGAGUUGUAAUAAAGAUAAUAAUAAAAAAGAGUCUCUUGAUUAUGCUUCCGCUGAUGUUGACGAGGAUAAUGAAAAUGAACAGAAUAAGAUACAGUCUUCGAGAGAAAAGAAAGUCACAUAGUAAGAUACCGAGAAUAAGAUACCGAGAGUAAGAUACCGAGGUAAUCUACGUAACGAUCGGAUUAUACUACAAAUCUCGAUGUGAGAACUAAUGUAACAAAUACCUGCGAUUUGUUUUCUUGAAACUCUUAAAUGAAUAAAUGCAUUCUUAUAAUAUACAUAUUAUAACGACAAACUGACAUUGGUAUAACUCACCGGAAGCGACAUGUGAGAAUCAAGUACCAAAACGAAAGAGAUUGUUAUUUUUGGAAUCUACGUAUUAAGAAUGAGAAAAUUUACCUUUUUAUUUAGUCUCGCUGUUAAUCAGAGAUCUCUAAUAUCGAUUAAUAUCUUACUGUGUAGAGUUUGGACAAUUUUAAAGAAGGUACGUUAGAAAUAUUUCCGCUAGUCGAGCGCGUCUUUUUUCGCCACCAUGUUUAUUUAAAUAUCUUCUACGUGUAUUAACUUCGUAUAUAUACAAAUAAUACGAGCGUCUGAUAUAGAUCACGCAUUUAUAUAAAAAAAUUAAUAAUAAUGUCCGCUGUUAAGUGUAAUAAAGCGCGUAUUCGAUUGUCUUGUCUCAGCGGAUGUUUCAGCGAUGGAUUUUUAUGUUGUAAAAAAAUCCAAAUUUUUAGACUCUAGAGUUGUGUUGUGUAACUUAUUUUAUCUGAAGAUGACAAAGUGUAUCAUGUAUCGAUUUGUUGCAAAUUGUAAUUAUUUAUAUAUUGGAUAUGUGUCGAGUAUUGUCGCCUGUGCGCGCGUUGGAGUAGGUGUAAAUUGUAACGCGUGAUAAUACGUCUUACAAAUAAACGGCUAUUAUAACACGCAAUUUUAAAUAUACCAAAAUUUUUCAUCGUACAUGCAGAAAGAUCUCUGUCUCGAUAAAGAAACGCAGGUAUUACGCGAGGAAAAAUGUGAAUCUUCACACAGCGAGUGUAAGUUAAAAUGUAAGCUUUCCCUGUUUGUUGACGCGUCGAUAGAUGUGAAUGUGACAUCUUUGAUAAUCGACUUAGAAAAUAAAAAACUGAUCGAAAAAAA